AUGGUGCACGAGGAGAAGCUGUCCUCUGGCAGUGGCAGCGACGAGCCGCUUGCCAAGGCGGUCAACGGUUUGAGCUCAGCGGCCCUAGACGGGGAGAAAGGCGACCUAGGCGACGGCCUAGCCGGCCAGCCGAUGCGGUUGGACCCCUACGGCAUCCCGCUGCAGCCUACGCCAACAGAAGACAGACGUGACCCGCUUAACUGGUCGCGGACGCAAAAGUAUACGAUCCUCUUCAUCGUCUGCUACGCCACCUUCCUGGCCGUCUACAUGACCGGCACGUCGAUCGAGGCCUUCUUCCUGCUCGAGACACAGUUUGACGCCACCUACUCGCAGGUCAACUGGACCUUUGCCAUUCCCUCUCUCGGUCUCGCCGUCGGCCCGCUGUUGUUCAAUUCCCUCGCCGACAGCCACGGCCGCCGGCUGGUGCUGCUCGUCUGCACCGCUAUUGCCAUCCUCGCCAGCGGCUGCACCACCAUCCGCGGCCUCAGCUACGGUGGCUACAUGUUCUUCCGCUUCCUCCAGGGCAUCGGUGGUGGUCCUCCCGUCGCCAUUGGCUUCAGCAUCAUCCGCGACUUUUCCUGGGAGCACGAGCGCGGCUUCAACGUCGGCAUCUGGGUCAUGGCUCUCGACAUUGGCGGCGUGCUCGGUGCCCUCGUCGGCGGCUUCACCGCCACCACCGGCACUUACUGGGCCAACUACCACGUCGCCAUCGCCUAUGCUGUCCUCCUUCUCCUCGAGAUUUUCUGCCUGCCCGAGACCCUGUACCCUCGCGACCAGAUUGUCGAGAUGACCGAUCGCGGCGAGGACAUCAGCCUUCUGAAGUGCACAAAGGACCUCAAGCCAUGGUCUGUUGCAAUGAUUUCAGGCGUCCCACAUCCUCGACCGCAGCAGGCCGUCAUCCGCUUCGUCAAGUCCUGGGCUCAUCCCAGACUCCUGCUGGCCCUGCUUCCCUACGUCUUUCUAGAGUACUGGUGGAUCUGCUCGUACCUCACUAUGCUGCCGGCAGCCUACGAGAACUACAGUACUCAAAUUCAGGGCGUUCUAUUCGUCGGCCUGAUGCUUGGCACCAUACUGGCUGAGCUGCUAGUCUCUGGCCGGCUCAGCGACAUCCUCACUUCACGCAUGGCCCGGCGCAACAACAACGUGCGCACGCCCGAGAUGCGCAUCUACCUAGGCUACCCCGGCGCCGUGUUGGCUGCUGUCGGCUGUAUUAUAUGGGGCAUAUCUAUCGACCGCAACUGGCACUGGAUCACGGGACAGGUUGCGUUUGUGCUGUCUUUCAUCGAACCAUGGAUCAUCAACUACUGGGUCGAUUCUGUCGGGUAUACAUGGUGCUUUGUCACUCAGGGCCUGAUCACGCUCCUGCUAAUCCCGGCAUACGCCCUGCUGCAAUGGUUUGGACCGCGACUGGAAAAGGAUAUGAUAUUUGAUUAG